CGUGAGAGGUCCUGAUCGUUUUUAAUCGUGCUAGCUCGCGAGGCUUCUCGGCUAGCUUUCGCAAUUUGAACGUUAGCCACAUAAAAGCUAAUUUUAGCACUCUGGAUAACGACAGUUCUGAUAUUAAAUCGCUUCAACUAGCGAGCGGGGGUCAAAAUGGCAGAGCUAACAACAUUAGAGAGCCUGCUGGAGAUGGGCUUUGACAGAAACAGAGCGGAAAAGGCGGUGGCCAACACAGGGAACCAGGGGAUAGAGCAAGCCAUGGACUGGUUAAUGGAGCAUGAGAAUGACCCAGACAUCGAUGAGCCGUAUGUGCCCCCUGUGGGGAACGUCCUGGGAGGAACAGCAGACAGCCAGUCCACCACAGAACAGCCGUCACUAGCAGACACCGCUGAAGGUGAAAAUAUCAGCUACGAUGACGGCGGCGAGAGUGCAAAGAGGCCAAUGACAGAGGAAGAGAAACUUGAGCAAGUUAAAAGGCUAGAGGAGCUGAUGCGGGUGAAGCAGGCGGAGAGACGAGAGCGAGAGCGGGCGGAGGAGUUGGAGAGGGAGAAGCAGCGGAGGAAACAGGGCCAGGAGCUUCAGCAGAUUCGCCAAAAGCUGCAGGAUGAUGAUAUGAAAAAACUUGCUGAGCAGCGCAGGAGAGAGAAGAUGGAGGACAAAAUGGCAAGGCAAAGGGUUAAAGAAAAGAUUGCACGAGACAGAGAGGAGAGAGCGCAGAAGUUUGGAGGUGGUGGACCCACAAGCACUGCCACAUCAUCCCAACCUGCCCAACCCAGCCCCUCGUCACCCACCAGUCACGGCCCUCCACCCACUAAAAAGGAGUAUGACGAGUCCAGGAUACAGGUACGUUUGCUGGAUGGCUCGAUCAUCACAGCAGUCUUCAAGGCCCAGGAGCCGUUGGCUGCAGUGCGCGUGUACGUGCAGGUAAACGGCAACACACCCGAGGGUCAGGACUUCACGCUACUGUCACCCUAUCCCCGCCACGUCUACACCGAACUGGACAUGGAGAAGCCCCUCAAAGAACUGGGUUUGGUGCCUUCCGCUUCGCUGGUUGUUACCAAAAAGUGAGAUCAGGAGGAUCUGCUCUGUGAGCCUACCUCACCACUUCCACAUUGACACAAGAAACACCAGAAACGAACUGAACCGGGAACAGAUUCACCACCUCUUAAGUAUCACUCACUAAGCCAGCUAACUGAACCGAAGCACAGAGAUGCGGCUCGAGGCUACAGAUGCUCAGAUCGUGUGUAACUGCAUUUAGUUUACAGUGAAAAACAGUUUGGUUAACUCACUGAAUGUCAGCUGAUGCCACUCUGGGUUGAUUGAUUGCACCUGUUAUAGAUUGGUUUGUGUGCAGUGAGAUUGACUUUUCCUUUUCUGAGAGUGAAGAUAGCUGGCUUCUGAUGGAUACUGCUUCAACAACACAAUAAAAACUUUACAGAACAGAGUCGUUUAAUUUUAACCUGAUCUUAACUUGGCAAAGUAUCACACAAAACCUACUUGAUUGGUUCUGAAAGGGCCUUAAAUUUAAUCCGCACGAUCUUCCUGAUUUUGUGACGUUCUACUUUGCCAGUUUUUUUUAUAUGUUUAAAUCUAUUGACAAUUAUGUCUACAUAAUCACCAAGAAUCUACUUAAAAUAAAGCUGACUUGGAGAAUUAG